UCAUGGUGACCUCUUCCUGUAAACACCGGAAGAAGACGACUGGCCUUGGAUUGAGCAAAAUGGCCGACGUUGAGAUGGACAUCGCGUCCAGAAGUAUGAAUAACGGCAACGAACACGUAAAGCAGGACCUGGAAAGCCACGAGCGAAGUGGAAAUGAAGACAGCGGAGAUUUGUCUGAGGAAGAGGAGGAGGAAGAGGAGGCGGAGACUAACGGAGAGAAGGCUGAGGAAGGGGAGACCAAACAGCCGAGUGGCGUUGGCAGUGGCGUAGGCAGUGGCGGCGGUAGUGGUGGCAAACACAAGAGGAAGAAACACAAGCACCGCAGCAAGCACAAAAAGCACAAGCACGCCUCCGACGAGGACAAGGAGCGGAAGCGCAAACACCGACACAAGCACCGCAAACACAAGCGCAAGGACGGCUCCUCGCCCGCCGCCGCCACCGCCGCCGCCCUGUUCGGCGCCUCAGGACACAAAAAGACUGAGUCGUCCCCGUCAUCGGGGAACCCCAGCCUGGACGACCGUGCCCUGCUGGAGGACCUGGAGAAGCAGCGCGCCAUGAUCAAGGCGGAGCUGGACAGCCAGCUGAUGGAGGGCAAGGUUCAGUCGGGCAUGGGCCUCAUACUGCAGGGCUACAACUCGGGCUCGGAGGAGGGGGCCGGGGCUGGCGCUGCCGGUGGUGCCGGUGGUGCCGCCGGCGGCGGCGGAGGGGACGGCGAGGGCCGGGUCAGGAACGGUCAGCGUGCCGGUAAACCCCCAGGGUCGCCGCGGGCCGGGAGGAGCGGGAAGUCUCGGCGGGAAUCGACGGAGGCCGGGAAGUCUGCCUCCAAGCGCCACAGCCGCAGCCGCUCGAGGGAAAAGGAGAAGGCGGCCAAGGAGCCGAAGGCGGAGAAGGCGGCCAAGAGCAGCAAGGAGGCCAGCGGGAAGGAGAAGGGCCGCGGGGGGCGGAGCCGCUCCAAGGAGCGCAGGGGGCCAGAGAGCUCGGAGCGCUCCAAGGAGAGGACCAGGAAGUCCCCGUCCCCUGGGGGCCGCAGGGCGGAGCAGAGGGCCGGCCGCGCCGACAAGCGCCCCACGCCCCCCCAGGCCGACAUCAGACCCCCGCAGGAUCGCCCGUCCCGUCCGGGAGAUCGCGAGCGGCCCGGUCGCUCGGACGCGGACCGGGACAAGAGGCCCACCAAGUCCCCCUCCAAGGACGCCUCUUCGGGGAAGGAGAACCGCUCUCCCCACCGCCGGGCGCUCGCCGCCUCCCCGCGCCGCCGCAGCUCCUCCCCCCGCCUCAAGGCCCCCCAGCCAGCCCCCGCCAGCGCCCCGGAGCGGGCCGCAGUCCGCAGCGGCUCCAGGCCGCGCUCUCCGCCCAGGGGGGGCCGCACCCGCUCGCCGGACCCCCGGAGGAGAGACGCAGCCGAGCGCCCCGAGUCCCCGCUGAGGAAGCGUCUGCGUCCUGACGGGCCUCCGGGCAGGGCCCGGUCCCGGGAGCUCAGCCCCCGGUUGGCUGCGCGACGCCGCCCCAGCCGCUCCCCGCUACCACGGCGACGCCUCUCUCCCCGCAGGCGGAGCAGGUCUCCUCUGAGACACAGGUCGGAUGAGCGGGACCGCUACGGCCGGCCGCGGCAGUACCGCCGCUCCUUCUCCAGGGAGCGGGGGAGGAGGAGGAGGAGCCGCGACGAGGACAAGUUCAAGGGCAGCCUGUCCGAAGGCAUGAAGGUGGACCAGGAGUCCUCCGGAGAAGAAGUCCUAGAGGACUUUGACGGUGAGGAGGUGGACGAAGAGGCUCUCAUUGAACAGAGACGCCAGCAGCGGCUGGCCAUCGUCCAGAAAUACAAGCUGGGGACCGACGAGGGCACCAUGGCGUCGGAGCCCAGCAGCCCCCAGAGCAGCGCGCGUAGCCGCUCGCCCUCCCCCGACGACGUCCUGGAGCGUGUGGCGGCCGACGUCAAGGAGUACGAGCGCGAGAACCUCAACACGUUCGAGGCGAGCAUCAAGGCCAAGCACAACCUCAUCGCCCAGGAGAAAGACGGGGCCAACCCCAAGAAGCCCUCGGCCCCUGAUAUGUUCACCGAGUCGGACGACAUGUUCGCCGCCGACUUUGACAACGCCAGGAUGCGUGCGGCGGGCGUGGGGAAGGACUUCAAGGAGAACCCCAACCUUCGAGACAAUUGGACGGACGCGGAGGGCUACUACCGUGUGAACAUCGGGGAGACGCUGGACAAGCGCUACGACGUGUACGGCUACACGGGCCAGGGCGUGUUCAGUAACGUGAUCCGGGCCAGAGACACUGCUCGCGCCGGCCAGGAGGUGGCAGUCAAGAUCAUCCGCAACAACGAGCUCAUGCAGAAGACGGGUCUCAAGGAGCUGGAGUUCCUGAAGAAGCUGAACGACGCCGAUCCCGAUGACAAGUUCCACUGCCUGCGGCUCUUCAGGCACUUCUACCACAAGCAGCAUCUCUGUCUGUGCUUUGAGCCCCUCAGUAUGAACUUGCGGGAGGUCCUGAAGAAGUACGGUAAGGACGUGGGUCUCCACAUCAAGGCGGUCCGCUCCUACAGCCAGCAGCUCUUCCUGGCCCUAAAGCUCCUCAAGAGAUGUAACAUCCUCCAUGCGGACAUCAAGCCUGACAACAUCCUGGUAGGGGCCAGUCUGUUAUAUAACAUUAUCAUCGUCAACGUAGUGCUCAAGCCAGACAACAUCCUGGUGAAUGAGUCCAAGACCAUCCUGAAGCUGUGUGACUUCGGGUCUGCGUCCCACGUGGCCGACAACGACAUCACACCCUACCUGGUCAGCAGGUUCUACCGAGCCCCCGAGAUCAUCAUAGGUAAGCCGUACGACUACGGUAUUGACAUGUGGUCGGUGGGCUGCACGCUGUAUGAACUCUACACCGGGAAGAUCCUGCUGCCCGGCUCCUCCAACAACCACAUGAUCAAGCUAGCCAUGGACCUGAAGGGCAAGAUGCCCAACAAGAUGAUCCGCAAGGGCCUCUUCAAAGACCAGCACUUCGACCAGAACCUCAACUUCCUCUACAUCGAAGUGGACAAAGUCACAGAGCGGGAAAAGGUGACGGUGAUGUCCACCAUCAACCCCACCAAGGACAUCCUGGUGGACAUGGUGGGGUUCCAGCGGCUGCCCGAGGACCAGAGGAAGAAGGUGAUGCAGCUCAAGGAGAUGCUGGACGCCACCCUGAUGCUGGACCCGGCCAAGCGCAUCAGCAUUAACCAGGCCCUGCAGCAUCCCUUCAUCCAGGAGAAGAUCUGAGGCGCUCCCCUCAGGGGGGGCUGACUGACGGACAGGACCUCAUGGAGGGGUCCAUCUCGUGGGGGAUGUGGUUGUUCUUUUUGAAUUUGGUCAGCGCAGACACACAAGCUCGAUUUGUUUUAUUCUCAUGGGGGAAAACAAUGGCACAGGAAGUGUUUGUUUCUGUGGUUUAGUCUUGGUCCACCUCCUGUUCCCCACCCCCACCACCCCCCCCACCCCAUGAUGCCCCAAUACCCGAUGGGUUCACUGUUCAACUGGCAUUGAAGGCGACGCUCAAGGAAAUCGGAGAAAUUCCUGUAAAUAUGUCCAUUAGACUUUCGAAAAUCAAGGCAGCCGCCACUCCUAGUUUAAUUUUAUUUUCAUAACAAUGGUUUUUGUCAUCACUAGUACGCAGAGGGUGGAAACGUUUUUUUUUAAUUAUUUGUACCCGUUUCGCUGCGAUGCAUGUUUCUGAAUGUGCUCAACGUGUUGUGUGUUGCAGGCCUGUGUAAAAUACUGUGUGUGUGUGUGUGUGUGUAUGGAUCUCUGCCUUUCUAUCCAACCCGACCGUAGAAGUCUCCGCCCCCUUUCUCCCCAUACGCCGAUAACCGACGACACACCCCUUGAGAUGCAUUGAAGGAACAAGGAUGUACGCAUCACCAGAAGAACUCCAUUUCCCAAUUUAACACGUGUUCCUAAUAAUAGCUCAGAGAUAAGAAAAAAAAGGAAUCAAAACUUGACUGUCAAACCGCCGGGACAGCGCCCUCGUCUGGUGAAGUUUCGCCUUGCGGUAGUUUCUUCUUGAUUGGCUGGAAAUUGGUACCAGGUGACGAUGGUUGUCAUGCAAUGAUUUCGAACCAAAGUUGGUUUGGUUUUUGUGAAAUGGGGCAAUUGUAACAUACUGUUGGGCGCAGUCCAUGUGUUCUGAUCUCACCAUUUGGUUUCUCUUCAAUGCAGUCGUCCUAUUGAAGCCACACUGGCAGGCCCUACGUCACACACUGUUGUAUAUAUUCCAUCGUUGCCAUCCUUUUCAUGUUUUGAUUUAUUCUCCAUUAAGUGGUUUAAACAAUCUUGUGAUUUGAAUAAAGAAUAGUUGUGAAACAGCUGUUAAAGAAACACCUCGGUGUAACACAACUUUUAGUAAUAAAAUAUUUCAUAUUCUAUACCAAAAGUC